UAAAAAUCACAUCCCUGAUUGGUAUUUAGGGGAACCCCCUACGAUAAGCGUAUAAAUUGAAUUGUCUGACUAAAUUUCCUCGCAGACGUGUGUUGCUUGUUAUCGGUGUUGUGUGUACCUAUUAGUUCGGCGUAUAGAAAUUGUAUUCGUUCCCAAUAAUCAUGAAUAGGGACGAAGAUGAGCUGUCGAAGAAAAUAUCUUCAAUUAAUUUAAAGUCUGAUAUAAACAUUCUUCUAUUGGGAGAAACUGGAGUUGGAAAAUCCACGUUUAUAAACGCAAUGGCAAAUUACUUGCAUUUUAAGGACUUUAAAGAAGCAGAAAAAGAUAGUCUGCAAAUUUUGAUUCCAACAUUGUUCUCUAUAGAAGACAAAAAUGGCGUUACUAAGGAAGUACGUUUGGAUGAUAAGGAAGAUCGAAAUGAGAAUUUACAAGUUGGGGAUUCUGCGACUCAGGACGUAAAGACAUACGUUUUUCCGAUUUACAAUGGAGCUACCAACGUAAGAUUAAUUGACACUCCAGGAUUAGUAGACACUAGAGGUAUUGAACAAGAUAAACAAAAUUGCGAAAACAUCCUCGACUAUCUAGGAAACCUACACGAACUCCAUGCGAUUUGUAUUCUUCUGAAAACAUCUACCACUCGGGUGACACCCAAUUUUGAGUACUGUAUCAAAGAAAUUCUUACUCAUUUGGAAAAAUCUGCGGCCAACAACAUUAUUUUUUGCUUUACUAAUUCAAGGGGAUCUAACUAUACUCCAGGAGACACAAACGCUUGCAUGGAGAAAGUUAUCGAAAAUAUUCAAAACAACCCUCCAAACGUUAGAAUUCCAUUUAAGAAAAACAAAUUUUGUUUUGAUAAUGAAUCCUUUAGAUAUUUGGCUGCUGUUAAAAAUAACGUUGAACUCGAAAACUCGGUUAAAGUUAGCAGUAUUUUAAGUUGGAACAAGUCCUCGGAACAAUGUUGGAACAUGAUAAAAUACAUUGUUGGAGAUGCCACCAAUCAACCUUUAAUUCCCCAUCAAGUAAAAACUACCAUAAGCAUAAAUGAAACCAGAAGGAUGAUAGGUUACCUAUCUCAGCCAAUGUUAGACAUCAGUCAAAACAUCGAAAAUAACAUUCGUAUUCUAAACAGACAUAAGAGCAUUGAGUUAUCUGAUAAUCAAACAUUAGACGAAUUAAAGAAGAAACUUUACAUGCCAGUUAUAAAUUUGCAGUGUACCAAAUUGACCCAACCUGUAACGGUUUGUACAAGUAUUGGCUGUACUGAGGUUUUAAAGGUGGAAGGAACCAAUAGUGUUAACUAUAUUGCAAGAUGCCACGAUCCUUGUUAUUUAAAUAACAUUCAAAAGGAAUUAAUAGGUGACGCAGGUUUGAUCAACUGUUCUUCUAUGUCCAAUAAAAUGUGUAACAAGUGCUCAUGUAGCUUUAUGACACACAUGCAUAUCUAUUAUAUGACCAAAAAAGUUUCAGCUAAUAUUGUUGACAAAAACACAGAAAAAAAUAUUAACAAUAAAACGGCAUUACUGGAGGAAGUUAAAAAACUUAUUAGAAAUUGCGAAGAGAGAGUGAAAGAGCUAAAAGAAGAGCAUGAAAAGAUAGUAGUAGCGGCUGCUUCCUUUGCAAAUUUUUUGUCUGUAAAUGCAAUUACUCCUUAUAAUGAUGCAUAUGCUAACUACAUAAAUUAUUUAAUUAAAAGAGAGGAGGGUUUGGGUUCCGCUGCUGAUCACCAAGCUAUUGAUCAUUUAAACAGACUAAAAGAACGAUACGAUGAAUUAAAAAAAGCUUUUGAACAUGCUAAUAUGGUAGAGCCAGUUACACCCCAUAAAAUUAAAAAACGAAUUGAGGAACUGUAUGCGUUAAAACACUAUGGGAAAAAGAUAAAGGAAAUGUAUCAAUCACAGAAGGUAUCAAGAAAAAAGGAGUAUGAAAACACUGAGUACAUUCACAAAAUGCCUCUUCAACAGGCCGGUGCAACUAAGAAGGCCAAUAAGCCAAAAUAUGUAAAUAAAAAUGCUAACAGAGGUGGUAAUCCAAAACCAAAACCUCCAACUUAUGAGGAGGCUACUGGUAAGCCUCAUAAUCGUCCACGCCGUAGCAAUUCUGAUAAUUUUAACCAUCCUCCUUUGCUUAUGCACGGUCACGUUCCAAAUCCUCCCCCACCCCAUCAUUACCAAUAUCCCUAUGGACCUUAUGCACCUGCUCCAGGUUAUGCGGCUGCUUCAGGAUAUGCUCCUGCCCAAGGUUAUGCGCCUGCUCCAGGUUAUGCGCCUGCUCCAGGUUAUGCGCCUGCUCCAGGUUACGCGCCUCCUCCACCAACUUCACCAUACAAUUAUGGUGGCCAUCAAAAUCAGCAAAACAAGAAGAAGAACAAACAAAUACAAGUAGUAGUUAAUAUUCCAAACCCGGAAUAUCAAGAAGGUCAAGAUCAAGCAUAUCAACCUGGACCAAAGCAACCUCCAAGAAAUCCUUAUUAUCCCCCACCUCAGCCUGGACAACCUCCCUAUUAUCAUCCGCAACCCUAUAACCCCCCAAAUCAGUCCUAUGCUUCCCCAUAUCAACCGAAUCCGCAGCAUGCACCUGGUCCUGCAUAUCAAUAUCUUAACAAUGAAGGUCAGCGUGGAGGUCAACGUGGAGGAGGUCAGCGUGGAGGAGGUCAACGUGGAGGUCAACGCGGACGGUUACAAAAUCCCUCUGGAAAAGCAUUUAAUGUAAAGGAUUUAAAUCAGCCUAACAAAGGAAAUCAAAGCAGAGGCCGUGGUAACUUUAAAAGAAACGUUCAUCACAAGGGUUUAAAAAGCAAAAAUGAUUCCGAUGAUUCAGACAACUCUGAAAUGUAAUUCAGUUAUUAUUUAUGAAACGUAUGUCCUACUAAUACUUAAUUUGCUUUAGCGGAAAAAAUACCAAUAUCAUUGUAAUAUAAUGGACAUCAUCUUGUAGUUUUGUUUGUUUGGGUUACUCCUGAUGUGGAAAUUAUACAAAUAACAAUAUUAUAAGUUAUAACUUUUAAAUAUAGUACAUAUAUUUAAAUUAAUAUAAUGUACACUUACUUAAAUAUUAGGUUCUAUCCUAGAAUUAAGUUGUUUUAAACCCUGUCCAAUACAACAAGGAACGUGGUUUUUAUAUAUAAUACCUAACUGUUUUUAUAUAGAAAAGACCUCGUAUUUUGCUAUAUUGGACAGGGUUUACAAAGGUGUAUUAUUCCACAAUCUCAGUUUUAAAUUGUAUAACCCUUUAAUUUUUAAAUUAAAUAUUUAAUUACAAAGGCUGAUGUUCUCAAUGAUAUUAAGGGUGUUUUAUUGCAUGUAGGAAUAAAGCAAAUUAAUUUCAAAUAGAUUGCAGUUUUACCAGAGAUUUGAUGAGUCGACUCGAGUUUUUUUACAUACGUUUCAUAUAAAAUAGUUCUGGUGUUGAACUUAAUUAGAGAUUAAAAUGUAUACCUACUAAACUAUGUAUAUUAAGAUAGUUAGUAUGGGUUUUUUUUACUUAUUAUUAAAGAAUAAAUUUAUUGCAAGAUUAUACAAUUUGACUGUAGCAAUUUUAUACACAUGCAAAGUAGAAAGAUUAUAAAUUAUGUUUUACCUGGUUUAAUUGUGCCUACACACGUUUAAACCCCAAAGUAAGCGGUAAAAAUUAACCCUUAUGGUUUAUUGUGACGUUAAACAUUGUAUUUAAAUGGCAAAUACGCAUAUUGACCUAACUACGUCAUCAAUAUGCGUCCUGUGGAUAUGACAGGUGUGUAAUAUUAUUGUUUCAGUUAAUAUAAAAUUGUAUUUUCAUAAUCAUGAUUUUUGGUAGAUACAGUUGGUAAAUGUAAAUCAUAUCCAGGAUAAUUGUGAUACCAUAAUCGUUGAGUGAGUACACGCGAUAAUAUGAUAGGUAUAUUAAUAAUAUAUAAUAUAAUAACAUUAUACUUUGGUAUCUACAUAAAGAUAACUAAAGUUAUAAAUUAUAUUCUUUAUUUUUAAAUAAGAAUGUCUUAUCUUUCAAAUUAGUUUUACUUUAAAAUUUAUUUUAAAUUAUAAUAAUACAAUAUGAAAUAUAUAGGUAUUAUAAUAAAAAGGCAUACUUUAUUUAAUUAAUAUUUUUAAACAUAAUUUGUUUUAUUUUAUGGUGGUGGUAUAUAAUGAAAGAGUUAUUUUAUGGUGGUGGAAUAUAAUGAAAGAAAGUUAAUUUUAUAAAACUAUCUGAACAUAAAAAUAAAGGUCUAAAAUAAUUUAAUUUUUUUUAUUAUAAUAA